AUGGAGACCACGGCUCGCCGGGAGGAGCUGGAGCAGAUCCAGGAUGAACUCGACAUUGAGAUUAUCCCUGGAACGGAGAUCAUGGCUGACAUCGGAAGCCACCAUUUUGUCAGGAGCGAUGACAGGUCUCGUCAGGUUCUCGUGCCCCAGCCCAGCCAGAGUCCACAUGACCCUCUCAAUUGGACUCAGGCCUGGAAGCUUUCUGCCCUCAUCGCAGUGUCUACUAUGAGCUUCACGCAGGGCUUUGCACCUCUGGCUCUAGCCCCCAUGUUUGGCUACUUAAUGCAGGACUACGACAGGUCGCUCGCAGAUGUCAUUCAGUUUACAGGCGUUACCAUUCUAGUCCUUGGCUUCAGUAACUUCUUCUGGGUCCCGAUAUCUACUUCCUUUGGCAGACGCCCUGUUUUGAUUGGAUCUCAAAUCGUGUGCCUUGCUUCUCAUAUUUGGCGAGCAAAGGCCUCCACGUAUAACGAGUUCAUGGGAGCAGCGAUCCUCAGUGGCAUCGGAGCAGGCCCUGGAGAGACGAUUCAGCCUAGUGUCAUCGCUGAUAUCUUCUUUCUUCACGACCGUGGAAAAUGGAACACGAUGUACUGGGUCACAUAUACCGGAGCACUGAUGGUUGCGCCUAUUAUAGCAGGUGCCAUGGCUGAUCAUGUCGGUUGGCCAUAUUUUUGGUGGCUUAAUGCUGCCAUGACCGCUUUCUCUCUAGUUGUCAUUGUGUGCGGCUUUCCGGAAACAAUGUUUAGUCGUGUAGAGGCCUCCGAAGGGCAAUCCCUAUCGCCAGAAACGCCCUCUAAGGUCGUCAAGGUUGAGUACCGGGAACAGACGUCAAAGGAAGCAUCUCGAGACAAUUCUGGUGGAAGCCAACUGGAUGCGAAUGCCGAGCGAGAUCCGUGGCUUGGCAAGGGCACACCUAGUCGACAACAGUGGAUGCUGUUUCAACGAAAUUCUUCCCCAUUUCGAUCUAUUAUGCUCGAUCUCUGGAUCCCAUGGAAGCUAUUUACUUUUCCAAUCGUUUUAUUUGCUUCGUUUAUUACUCAAGUCUUUACGGCACCACCAUACAAUUUAAGCUCGCAAUCAGUUGGGUUUACCAAUUUUGCUCUUUUUAUCGGUGCUUUAAUUGGACUUGUAACAGCAGGUCCUUUUAGUGACUGGGUCUCUGCCCGGGCAACAGCACGGAAUAACGGAAUUCGAGAGCCGGAAAUGCGACUUCCCGCUAUGGUCCCAUACGUCCUGUUAAUGGCAUUUGGUCAAACCAUUACCGCCAUUGGCUAUCAGAGAAAGUGGCCAUGGGAGGUUAUUGUUAUUCUUGGCUAUUUAUGCACGGGGAUCCAGAUUGCUGGACUUCCCAGUAUUAGCAGUACAUAUGCUGUGGACAGUUAUAAGCCAGUUGCCGGAUCACUAUUUGUGGCUAUAACAGUUAACAAGAAUCUAUGGGGCUACGGUAUGGGGAAAUUUCUUACACCCUGGACAGAGGCAAAUGGGUAA